GAAGGUUAAAAAGAGACGGCGCACAUGCUCAGAAAUGCUGCACUUGUUCUGUUAGCAGUUUGCAGCGGCCAUUUCAAAGAGACCAUCACAAAGACGAGAGAGAGAGAGAUCAGGGAGAAGCACCCGUUCCCAAGAUGCUGGCACCCUGCCUCCUGAGAAGAGCUGUCCUUACAGUUCCUUUAAUUUUUCUGGUUGCACUGAUCCUCAUGGAGCCCGUUAGAGCUGAUCAAGAAGCAGGAACAGCCAUACCAGCUGAAAGCCGUCCCUGUGUCGAUUGCCAUGCGUUCGAGUUCAUGCAGAGGGCUCUGCAGGAUUUAAAGAAGACAGCAUAUAAUCUAGACACACGGACAGAAACACUGCUUCUUCAGGUGGAAAAAAGAAAUCUGUGUGACUGUGUAACUGCAAAUCUGCUAAACUGAAUCCUGGAGGCCAGCCAAGGAGUGUCACCUGUUCAGCGGUUUUUAAAAUGUAGCUAUAUAAAAUACAGCUUUCUGGAGUUCAUUUUGCAAGCAUGUAUGCCCCAAUGUACUGAGGAAAUUGGAGGGUUGUGUCUUAUGUGUUUGUUUGUUCUGUUUUAUGUUUUUAAAUAGUCCUCUCUCUUCACAUCCACUGGGUUGCCAGUAAAGGCUGAGUUCAAUAAAUUUGGUACUUGGUAUCAGAAUGGGGGAAACAUCUACUUGCUUUGCUUUUUAAAUCAGAGUUGGCCAAGCGUAACCCACAGGGUAAAUAUGGCCAGCAGUGUUCUAGAGACGCUUGCAGCUGAUUUUUGUCUCUAAUGUCAACGUAUCUCUGUGGCAACAUACCCAAUUAUGCUGAGAAGGGGACUUGUGGUCUCUGUAGGUUUUGCCUCUUUGUUAAAGAUGACGGAAGUCCUCUUUGCUUGUUAUGUGCACUGUGACCACAUUCAGACAUGUUGUGGGUCUGUCAGCUGUAAUGAGGUAUGUGUCAGGAGGAGGUACGUGUGUGGUACUUGGACCACAAUGGCCUAUAUCCUAGUAUGGAGUUUUCUGGUAUCCUGGGUAAGAAUAUCUUCUUUUUUAAUUAAAACCUUGCAUUUCUUCCUCUUCUCCUCCUGGACAGUCCAUUUUAAAACCACUGUAUCUAUGAACAGCUCUACCUUAGCAGGUUCAAUGGCUUGUAUCGAAAAGUGUGGAAGAUAUUAUUGAAUACUGGCUACGUGACAAGGGGCAUGAGAACAAGUUCA